AUGACGAAUCUGAAUGUAAUCGAAGCAACUCGCUUCUACAUCAAUCGCAUGAUUGAAGAUGCUGGUCAAAGUGUCAAAGGACUUGUCAUGGAUAAAGAAACAGCUUCGAUUGUCAGUAUGGUGUAUGCCCAAUCCGAAAUUCUUCAGAAAGAAGUCUUUCUUUUCGAACGUAUUGAUGUUGCUGGUCAGAAAUCAUUGAAACAUCUUACCGCCAUAUGUUUUCUCAGACCAACCGAAGACAACAUUCAAGCAUUAGUACGCGAAUUACAAGAACCAAAAUAUGGAAGCUAUUUCAUCUAUUUUACAAAUUUCGUUGAACUGAACGAUAUUAAAAGUAUAGCAGAAGCCGAUGAAUAUGAAUGUGUUCGCGUCAUUCAAGAAUUUUAUGCCGAUUACGUGGCAAUCAAUCCACAUUUGUAUUCGCUUAACAUUCCAAUAACUUACGAAAACAAUUUUCUUUGGAACGAUCAACUUCUUCGACGAACAGCACAAGGACUUGUAUCUUUACUGUUGUCAUUACGAAAAAAAAGUGCAACGAUUCGAUAUCAACAAUCAUCAAAUAUGGCGAAAAUACUUGCGGAACGAUUAUCUAAUACUCUUCGAAGACAACUUGACUUUGCAUCUUCGAAUGUCAACGCUCCCGAUCAUACCGUCGUCUUAAUUGUUGAUCGACGUGAGGAUGCAAUCACUCCCCUACUCAAUCAAUGGACAUAUCAAGCGAUGGUUCAUGAAUUGAUUGGAAUUAAAAACAAUCGUGUUAAUCUUAGUCAAGUACCAGGUAUAACGAAGGAAUUGGAAGAGGUGGUAAUGAACGCUGAGUAUGAUGAAUUCUAUGCUGAUAAUCUUUAUAGUAAUUUCGGUGAAAUAGCCACGAAUAUCAAACGUUUAAUGGAACAUUUUCAAGAAAAACAUAAAAGUCAAUCGAAAAUCGAAUCAAUUACUGAUAUGAAAUCGUUUGUGGAAAGUUAUCCUCAAUUCAAAAAGCUUUCCGGUACUGUUUCCAAGCAUGUGACCAUCGUUGGCGAAUUAUCACGACUUGUCGGCAUUUAUAAUCUUCUCGACUUGAGUGAAACUGAACAAAAUCUUGUUUGUCAAAGUAAUCAUAGUGAAAUUGUGCAAAAAAUCAAGCAAUUGAUUCAGAAUGAUAAAAUACGCGAUGAAGACAUCGUUCGCUUAAUAUGCUUAUACGCAUUGCGUUACGAACAUCAUGGAAAUAACGAAACAAACGCAUUGCUACGUGAGACACUAAAAUGUCGACAAUUAUCCGAGAAGUACAUUCAGUUUAUUCAAGCUAUACUGAACUAUGGAGGAAGAAAAUUUCGACAAGCUGAUUUAUUCAAUACACAAAACUCCAUGGCUAUUACCCGACAAUUCAUUCGCGGAUUGAAAGGUGUUGAUAAUGUCUAUGCACAACAUAUACCAUUGAUCAGAGAUCUACUCGAACAAUUAUUACGCGGCAAACUCAAGGACAAUUUGUAUCCGAGUGUUGGUUCAAAAGAUCGAAUCCAAUCGAACAAUUAUUACACAACAAGUCAACAGACUCAAUUUCAACAAGGCCAACCAAUCAAACCAAGUGAAAUCAUCGUGUAUGUUGUUGGAGGAAUCACAUAUGAAGAAUCUUAUCACAUUCAUAUGAUGAACAAACAAGGUGCACGGAUCGUCUUAGGUGGAUCGUAUAUUCACAAUUUUGCUUCGUUCGUCGAUGAAGUUCUUGCUGGUGGUGUACCGUCGACAUCGAAUGAAUUCUUCGCAGUAAAACGUCGUUGA